AUGGGGCCCGAACGGCCGCGUCACCGCGCCCUCCGCGAACUUCCUCAGCGUAACGCCGCGCCGCGGCCUCCUGGGGCUCCCAUUGGGGCAGUGAGACAAUGUGCGAGGCGCGCUGGCCUCAAGGGCCGGCGGGAGAGGGGGGGGAAGGGAGACAGGAAGAGGGAUCUGAAGGGAGAUGGGCUCAGGGUCGCCAAGCGACGCAAGGGCGAGGAUCGGGAGGGCAAGGCGGGGUUGCCAGGCACGGCGCCCUGGGACCUGCCGCCGUGGGGGAGGAGGUUGCUGGCGGCGAUGUCGCACGAGGAGCUGCAGGACUGCCUGGCGUCCAUGGGGCUGGUCGGCCUGGUCAAGAGGCUGUAUCGGAAUCCGGCGUUCUGA